AUGUCUACCCCAGCAUUUCCCCCCGGUGGUACCUACUUCGACACCGCGAAGCGUUCCUUCAACCAGGUCCCAAUUGAUGAGAGCAAGGAUGGUGGUGCGAUCCAGACCACUGAGUUUCUCGAGGCAGCAGAGUCAGUUGCUGGGCUGUUCGAUGUGUUGGGCAGCGCUGCUUUCAAGCCUGUCAAGAGCGACAUGACUGGCAACAUCAAGAAGAUCAGGGACAGACAGCUCGAAGCCCCUGUCGAUUCUGAGACCCUCCAAGACCUCGUGAGGAACGAAUUGAAGCAGAAGAAGCACACCGCGACAGAAGGACUGUUGUGGCUGACAAGGCAAGCCAUCUGCAUCCGAUACCCAAAAGUCAUGUGGCUAACAAUGCGAACAGAGGUCUCGACUUCACUGCCCAAGCUCUUCGCCGUAACGUUGACAACUCCGGCGAGGAACUCUCAGCCUCCUUCCGCGAGUCCUAUGGAAAGACCCUCAAGCCGCAUCACUCUUUCAUCGUCAAGCCUAUCUUCUCUGCCGCUAUGUCCGCCACACCCUAUCGGAAAGACUUCUAUGCCAAGCUGGGAGAUGACCAAGCGCGUGUGUCGAAAGAGCUGAACGAAUGGCUACAAGGAUUGGAGAAAGUCGUCACAAUUCUGAACAAGUUCCUGGCCACUCCUGAGGCCAAGUGGUAG